AUGACGGUUUCGCGUUGCAGAACUGAUGGACCAGAUGUUUCAAAUUAUGUAACUUCGAAAUCACAGCACAAUGUGGUAAACAUCUUCAUCAGUUUAAAUAGGGCUCAAGAAUUGGAAAUGAAGAAGUUGCAAAUAUGCUCGUCGAUAUUGACAAUGAACCUAUUUUUUCUGCAGUGCCUUUUAUUGCUAAUCAAAGUUCCAGCAAAAGGAAAACUUAUAUUAGAGUAUUGUUUAUGUUUCAAUCGAAAAACUCCGCAACUUGAAAAUUUUGAGCUUAAUGAAUUAGGUAUUAAUGAAUUCCGGCCAAUAAAUACAAUAACUGGACGUAGCUUCAAUUCUCACAGCGAUAUUUGGCAACCAACAUUAAUGGAUAUUGGAAUGGAUGAAAGUCAAACUUAUCCCCGAGGUUUGACAGGACUUACAAAUUUGGGCAACACGUGUUAUAUGAAUGCAGCCAUUCAAGCACUUUCAAAUUGUCCUCCUUUUUCCGACUUCUUCCGUUCAGUUGAUUCCAUUGCUUCUUUUGCUUCAAAGGUGUUAGAUAAUAAUAGAGAACCGCCUGUUUCGCGUUCAUUUCGUUGUCUACUGCAGGCACUUUGGUCUGAGGAACGAAGUCGUUGCAUUAAUCCACAACUCUUUCUUACUCAAGUUCGUCAUCAUUAUCCACAAUUUCGUGGUCUGACACAGCAGGAUGCUCAAGAAUUUAUCAGGUGCCUUCUAGAUGUAUUGCAUCGUGAAUUACGUCAACCUGUUUUUGCUUGGGAAUAUCGGAAUAGCUGCAAUAUACAGACAAGGAAAGAAAGCAUCUCUAGUUUUAUACGGACCAGAUAUGUUCCUUCACGUUCCAGUAGUUAUGAAUCUGAUGAUGAUGAACGGUAUGAAACGGCUGACAGUGGCUGGAGCUCUGAUGGAGAAGUGCUUGCAGUUUCAAAAACAAAUAAGCAUCCAGAAUCAAUAAACAUCGAUCAAAUAACAAAGAUUCCAUAUCAUCCUGUUGACCAGCAGGAAUCAGCAGGGACGGAUCAACGAAACAGGCAAUUUAGGUCACCGAUUUAUUACCGAAGUUUGGUAACAGAAGUCUUUGAUGGGCGUUUAAGUAGUGUUGUGAAAUGUCUUACGUGUCAUCAUCUUUCAGAAACUUGUGAAACUUUUCAGGAUUUAUCACUGAGCAUUCCAACAAGAGAACAACUUGAGCACAUUGCGUCAUACUCAGUAGAUUUAAAUAAUGAAAGCAGGAAAGUAAACAGGAAUGAGAAAGAAGAAGGGGAUGGCAAUGGAAGCAAUUUUUGGCAGUGGCCAUGGUGGCUUGGAGGGAGCUUGCUUCGCUCAGUAUAUCAUUAUUUGUUUGGGGACUUGGUUUCUCUGAAUGAUGCACUUGCAGCAUUUUUUUUGCCGGAUGAUCUCUGCGGGGAAAAUAUGUAUUCUUGCGAAAAAUGUGCCAAAUUGCGAAACGGUGUCAAAAUUUGUAAAAUCAUUAGUCCACCUGAAAUCUUGUGCAUACAUUUGAAACGGUUUAGGCACGAAAUAUCGUAUUCAGUCAAAAUACGAAACAUGGUGACAUUUCCAGUGCAUGAUUUGGAUUUGACACCAUUUAUUGCCAAUUUCGAAGAAAACAAAGAACCAGUGCUUUACGAUUUAGUUGCAUUCAUCACACAUUAUGGUGCAAAUGCUGAGAGUGGACAUUACGUUGCAUAUUGCAAGAACGAGAUGGAUGAUAAUUGGUACGAAUUUGAUGACACUGUCGUAACUCGAUUGGAAGUAGCUGAUAUCUUAAGUAAAGAAGCCUAUGUACUAUUUUAUCAGAAACAAUCAUCAAAGAGUAUGGAUGACAUUCGGAUCCGUGUGAGACAAAUACUUGAGGAGAGCGAUAAAACAAAGAUUCCGUUUUACAAUUAUAUUUCGCGAGAAUGGUUGCAUCGUUUCUCAACGUUUUCAAAUCCUGGGCCUAUUACAAAUUUUGAUUUUCUUUGUCAACACUCACAAAUUCUCCCACGUAGAGCAGCAUGUCUUACUGAUUAUUAUGCAACGAUCAGCAGUUCAUUGUGGGAUUUUCUAUAUGAAAAAUUUGGUGGUGGACCUGCAAGUUCCGAGUUGCACUACUGUUUACCCUGCCAAAAUGAGUUCCAAAUAAUGAAACAUAAACGUGAAAUUGAACUUAAAGCAUUCUUAACAUUGGAAGGACAAUUGAAACGACUGAAAAAUGAUAUUCCAGCGCUUACUUAUAGUUAUUACAUGCCACCGAAUGUUAUCGCGAAAGCUUGGAUUGACAAAUGGAAGGCAUUUGUUGAAGGGAAUGAAUUUGAACCACCGGGAUCUAUUGACAACAACGCCAUAUUGGUUUGUACUAAUACGUGUGAUACAAGAGGACAUUUACGGGCUUCACAAUAUGUGCAGUUACCUCGUGAAGCUUGGUUGUUUUUUCAAUCAAUAUAUGGCGGUGGACCCGAAUUGCUGUGCAUUCCGGAGGAUCAUCCAUCUUCAGAAAAUCUGCAGGAGUUGAUUGCGGAGGCUAACGAAAAAAUUGUGGAAACUUUGGAAGACUUGAAAAGGAGAAAUGCAGUUGAUGUACCACUUUCGUCAUAUUCAUGA